AUGGCCGAGGAGGUGUCGCCACCGCCCGACCAGCUGGAGGUGGACAAAUGGGGAAGGCCGCUUGGGCCAGACGGGAAGCCGGUCGCCUCGCCCCCACGUCCUCCCAAGGAAACGAACACGUGCUGCUGUUUCCUGAUCAUCUUUGUGAUCGUCAUCGCCGCUAUUGCCGGUCUCGUCGCUAUUCUGAUCGUCACCGGCGCGAUCGGCCCCGAGCCGCCAGAGGAGACCAAAAAGUCA